UGUUACAUUGAAUCCUUUGCAUUCAAGCCAUCCCUUAUCAUCUACUCUCUUUAAUAUUUUCUUUUCUUGUAUUCCUUCAAUUGGUAACUCCAUUCAAAUUCUCAUUGUAUUGUACAUACAUUGAGUUCGUGUACACAUUGUCUUUGAUUCCUUCUAAUUUCUGACAAUUCUAGUGAUUUCAGAGUAAUUGGUUCAGUAAAAAUAUGGCAAAGACAGCCCAGUGUUCAAUGGAGAAUCAAUUGGGUUGUGGAAUUAUGGGAGGAAUUUUCAAUCUCCGGGGCUACAUGUCGAGGAAAACACUAGUCCCUGCACUACCUGCCAAACCUUCCAAGCCACAGCGGCGCAGGUCAGUGGAGUCUGUCCUUCCCCUGCCUGAUUCCUCAUUACCUCCACCAAAACCAGACCUGAAACCAACCAGGAGGCCUGAAUUAGCCCCUGCAGGCGCCAGGAACUCAACUUCCCACCAAAAGAGCAACCCUAUGCGACCUUCGGAUGCGUCAAGGAGCUCAACAUCAUCCUCAUCAUCCAGUUCAACCAACGAGAAAAAGUUGCACAAAGAGUCCAGUGGUAACCACGCAGAGCAUUUGAAUAAUAGUAAAGACCGGGUUCGAUCUUCUUCCGGUAAUGUAAUCCUAAAAGGCAGCAACUUGGGUAACUUGAAGCAGCUUGGAACCAGUAGCCUACUUCUAGAAGCAGCAAGCACAAACCCUAAACCCAGAAAUGGAUUUAGUAAGGUUCACACUAAUGGAGUCAUGGGGAACAUUAUUAGGCAGCCUGGCGAUGAGUACAGGCAUUAUCCAAAUCUGGCAAGUAAAUUAGAUCCUGAAGGAUUGAAAAAUAUGGGGAAUGAGGCGUACAAGCAGGGGAGAUUUGGAGAGGCACUGGCUUUAUAUGAACAGGCAAUUUCCCUUGAUCCUAAAAAUGCAGUGUAUUGGGGUAACAAAAGUGCUGCCCUGGUUUGUUUAGGCAAACUUUUGGAGGCUGCUGUUGGGUGUGAAGAAGCCAUCCUGCUUGAUCCCAAUUAUCAGAAAGCUCAUGUCCGUUUGGCUGCAAUUUAUCACCGUUUGGGAGAAGCAGAGAAGGCUUUGUAUCACUACAAUUAUACAGGGGAAUCUGCCAAUCCCAAAGAGACUGCCAGGGCUCAAGCUCUACAUGAACACCUCAGGAAAUGCACCGUGGCUCGAAAAGGCAAUGAAUGGAGUUCUUUGCUUAAGGAGACACACUCUGCUCUGUGCUCUGGAGCCGACUCUGCACCUCAGAUAUUUGCCCUACAAACAGAGGCCUUAUUGAACCUCCAAAGACACCAAGAGGCCUGUGAAGUCUACAGUAAAGGACCAGAUUUUGCCAUUGAAUCCUGUACCAAGCUCUUUGGCCUGGCUACCAGCUCAUAUCUACUAAUGAUUAGGGCACAGGUCUUCCUAGUUACUGGCAGGUUUGAAGAUGCUGUAACAGCAGCUCAGAAUGCAGCUAGAUUGGAUCCAGGCAACAAGGAAGUGAGCCUGAUGGUAAAGAGGACAAGAGCAGUAUCGUCAGCUCGGAUCAGCGGUAACUUGCUCUUCAGGGCAUCAAAGUACGCUGAAGCUUGCAUUGUGUACAAUGAAGGACUAGAGUAUGAUCCUUGCAAUUCAGUUUUGCUAUGCAACAGAGCAGCCUGUCGAUCCAAGCUUGGCCAAUUUGAAAAGGCCAUUGAAGAUUGCACGGCUGCUCUCGUCGUGCAACCUUCUUAUGGCAAGCCCAGGCUCAGAAGGGCUGAUUGCAAUGCUAAGCUUGAAAGGUGGGAAGCCGCAAUUCAAGACUAUGAGAUGUUGAUAAGGGAAACUCCAGGAGAUGAGGAAGUGGCCAAGGCACUGUUUGAGGCUCAGGUACAGCUCAAGAGGCACCAAGGUGAAGAUGUUGAGGACAUGAAAUUUGGGUCUAAUUUGGUUUUAAUUUCUAGCAACGAGCGGUUUAGGCAUUUUGUAACCUCACCAGGGAUGUCUGUGGUUCUGUUCUGUAACAAAGCAAAACAUAUGCAAGUUGUGCAGCUUAUGGAGCAAGUGUGCAAGAGAUUCCCCUCUGUCAAUUUCCUGAAGGUAGAGGUGGAAGAUCAUCCAUACUUAGCCAAAUCAGAGGGGGUAAGCUCCAUUCCAGCUUUCAAGAUAUACAAAAAUGGAUCGAGGGUGAAGGAAAUUCCAGGGAACAAUCGCGAUUUGUUGGAAAAAUCUGUCAAAUUGUACAGCGGUUGAAUUUGAAGAUUACCGGACAAUGGCAUAAACAAAUACAAAAGGAGAAGACAAAAAAUUGUGCACAGGCCUUUGGAGAGAAAUCGUUUCAUUGCGUAAAGAAAGAAAACACAUAAUACAGAGAUGUUUUGUGCCACCAUAUGAGCUUUUUCCUUUAAUAGGAUAAAUAGCUUGCUAAAUUAUUUGUCAUUUAGCGUUAGGAAUACAUUGCUGGACAAGGCUUUACUUUUACAUACAGGUGUGUAUCCAAAAGGAAGAAGAAAAUUGUAAAGAAAUUAAGAGAUAAUUAUGUUCGCUUUUACCUUUUUAAUUCUAGUCAUGAGGAAUUCCUUGUGCAUACACUAAUGGUAUCACAGAAAACUUGCAUACCUUUUUCGGCCAAGUGUUUGCCCUGUU